UGGCUCGGGGAGUCGGCCCCCGCCUCCUCCCCCGCCCGGGCCGAGAGCCACCCCCAGCCAGAGGCCGGAGACGGAGCUGGAGCGGCUGCCGCAUCCCGGCCCAGCCUCUCCCACCCAUCCUCCCCCACAGCUGGACAUCUGGACCCUGGGCCCCGCACCCACAGGGUUCCGGAAGCCCUCUCCGCCCAGCUCGGCGGCUGGUCCCCCGCCGCCCUCUUUCCAGAGCCCCCAGCCCUCCUCCAGGCCAGACUUCCGUCCACCCCUGGACGCCCCCUCCCCAUCCCAUCCCUCCCCCCCUCCCCCAGCCUGGACCCGGGUAGGAGGGAGGGGGGGUGUGCGCCCUGCGCCAUCCCCGCCCCGCCCCCCGUGAUUCCCCCUGCAUGGCCGGCCCGGGUGGGGGGCGCGGGGGGGCCCGGGCGCCAUGCGGGGGGUGCACAAGGGGGGUCGCUGCGCCUGUCCCCGUGUGAUCCGAAAAGUGCUGGCAAAAUGCGGCUGCUGCUUCGCCCGGGGGGGACGUGAAUCCUAUUCCGUUGCUGGCAGUGAGGGGAGCAUAUCAGCUUCUGCUGCCUCGGGUCUGGCUGCCCCCUCUGGCCUCAGCUCAGGCCUGAGCUCUGGUCCCUGUUCCCCGGGCCCGCCAGGGCCAGUCAGUGGCCUGAAGAGAUGGCUAGAUCAUUCCAGACAUUGCCUGAGUGUGGAAACUGAGGCAGACGGUGGCCAGGCGGGACCCUAUGAGAACUGGAUGCUGGAGCCAGCUCUAGCUGCAGGAGAGGAGCUGCCAGGACUGACCUUACUGACCACGUUAUUGGAAGGUCCUGGAGAUAAGACACAGCCCCGGGAAGAGGAGACUUUGUCCCAAGCCCCUGAGAGCGAGGAGGAACAGAAGAAGAAGGCUCUGGAAAGGAGUAUGUACGUCCUGAGCGAACUGGUGGAGACUGAGAAAAUGUACGUGGACGACCUGGGGCACAUUGUGCAGGGCUACAUGGCCACCAUGGCAACUCAGGGGGUGCCCGAGAGUCUUCGCGGCCGCGACAGGAUUGUGUUCGGGAACAUCCAGCAGAUUUACGAAUGGCACCGAGACUAUUUCCUGCAGGAGCUACAGCGGUGCUUGAAGGAUCCUGAUUGGCUGGCUCAGCUAUUCAUCAAACACGAGCGGCGGCUGCAUAUGUACGUGGUGUACUGUCAGAAUAAGCCCAAGUCAGAGCACGUGGUAUCAGAGUUUGGGGACAGCUACUUUGAGGAGCUCAGGCAGCAGCUGGGGCAUCGCCUGCAGCUGAAUGACCUCCUCAUCAAACCUGUGCAGCGGAUCAUGAAAUACCAGCUGCUACUCAAGGAUUUCCUCAAGUAUUACAGCAGAGCUGGCAUGGACACUGAGGAGCUGCAGCGAGCCGUGGAGGUCAUGUGCUUCGUGCCCAAGCGCUGCAACGACAUGAUGACCUUGGGGAGACUUCGAGGAUUUGAGGGCAAGCUGACCGCUCAGGGGAAGCUCUUGGGUCAGGACACAUUCUGGGUCACGGAGCCUGAGGCUGGGGGGCUGCUGUCUGCCCGGGGGCGAGAGAGGCGUGUCUUCCUCUUUGAGCAAAUUGUCAUCUUCAGCGAGGCCCUAGGAGGAGGCGCGCGAGGCGGAACGCAACCUGGUUACGUAUAUAAGAGCAGCAUCAAGGUGAGCUGCCUGGGCCUGGAGGGGAACCUCCAAGGGGACCCUUGCCGCUUCGCACUGACCUCCAGAGGGCCAGAGGGUGGCGUCCAGCGCUACGUCCUGCAGGCUGCUGAGCCUGCCGUGAGCCAGGCCUGGAUCAAGCAGGUGGCACAGAUCCUGGAAAGCCAGCGGGACUUUCUCAAUGCCUUGCAGUCACCUAUUGAGUACCAGAGACGGGAGAGCCAGACCAACAGCCUGGGGCGGCCAGGGGGCCCUGGGGUGGGGAGCCCUGGGAGAACUCAGCCUGGAGACCGGGCCCAGGCCAGCACACGGACACCCAUCAACGGCUCUCUCCCCUCCCUGCUGCUGAUGCCCAAAGGGGAGGUGGCCAGAGCACCCUUGCCCCUGGACACACAGGCCCUCCGUGACAUCCCCCAGGCUCCUCGGGACCCUCCCCCAGUCCCUGUGACUCCCCCGACCCCGCCCUGCCAGGCCAGACUUGCCAAGCUGGACGAAGAUGAGCUGUAAGCGGUGACGGGCACAGGGUGGUGCUCUCUCAGCGACCUGCUCCCCAGGGAGCUCCAGGGCCAUGCUGGCGGUGACUUGGAAGCCGUCUCUCCUGAUGUGUGUGGAGGGGCGAGGCUGGGCAGCUCGGGGAGGAGAACCUCGACCCGCUCCCACCCCUGUGCAUGCAUCACAGUCUCCCCAAAAGGAGGUGAUGAGGGGGAGUGGGAGGGCUGGGGCAGGGACCAGAUAGAAACUCCUGUUUUCUGAGAAUAAAGGUUUUGUGAUAUCCCCGAGGCUGCUGUCCUGGCAGAGGGAAGGGAAGGCUGUCGUGAGGGUACAUGGGGCAAAGUGGGGUAGAGGAGAUCAGCCGCCCCCCUGGGCACACAGUGCAAGAUAAAUGU